ACGGUGCCCACACAACUGCGCAUGCGUACACUAUCAUGGUCGCGACUCCAGGCAGGAGAAGUUAUGGCAUCAUUAACAUAGUUUUAAUGACAGAAAAUGGGCUGUUGAGUGUGUAAACGUGUCGACUUUGGAUCUCUACUCGGAGACAGUACAACACAGAAACAGACGGAAGAACAUGACAGCCAACGAGGAUCAAGAGAUGGAGCUGGAGGCGCUUCGCUCCAUCUACGAGGGGGAUGAAUGUUUCAAGGAAAUCAGUCCGGUCUCCUUCCAGUUUAGGGUGGGAGACCUCGAGGACACCAAAGCAUUUAUCAUGGACGUCACAUGGCCAGAGACGUACCCUGAGACGGCCCCUCAGAUCUCCCUAGAUGCCUUCUUCAACAACAGGAUCUCCGCGGACACCAAGCAGCUGAUCCUGUCUAAGCUGGACGAGCAGGUGGAGGCCAGCCUGGGCGAAGCCAUGAUGUACACCCUGUUCGAGUGGGCGAAGGAGAACCAGGAGGCGCUGAUGGAGAACCACAAACCAGUAGUGACCGCUGUGACGCUGACGUCGAGCAGCGACGCGACGGCUCCGGCCUCGACGGGGAAGAAGAAGGAGAAGAAGGAGCAGCUGACCAAAGCCCAGAAGAGGAGGAUCGUCAACAGAACAGAUCACAAAGGAGAUCUACCAAGAGGCUGGAACUGGGUGGACGUUAUCAAGCACCUGAGUAAAACGGGAGGAAAAGACGACAACUAGGACCUGCUUCAACUUCAUCUACAUGUUACAUCUGACAUAGGUGGUUGUGGUGUGUGUGUGGGGGGGGGUGACGGUGGACGCAGCUCUACUGUGAUUUAUUUUUAUGUUUUACAGCUGGGAGUUUCAUCACAGCCCCUCGCUAUCUUUUAUUUUAUUGUUUGUGGUGUUUGUGCGCUGCAGCCGGAGGAAGGAAGGGAACUGGAUUCUGUUCCUCCAGUCAGCGCCGACUCUUCCCAGGAGUUUGCUCCGGGUGAACUUACUGCCACGUUUUCAGCCCCCCCCCACCACCUGUCGCCGGAGCCUUUACCCGAAGCAGUAGCAUCGUCCUGCUGUUACGUUCAGGCACCAGGCGACUUUGUGAACACAGAGAACGUUUUUAAUAGCCCACCAAAUGUUACUCCUUUCAUCGAUUUCUUAUUCUGGUAAAUGUUUCCCUACGACUUAGUAAUAAUAAAAAAGAAGCUGAAUUUCUUUUUUAUAUAUAUAUAUAUAUA